AAAGCAGCCCGCGUUCCCGGCAUGCCCCGGGGCGGCGGGGUUGGCUCUAACGAAUUUGAAUGAGGAGCCUCAGCGCUUUCGGCGCCAUUUUCGAGUGAUGCCUCAUCUCAUCAAUCUAGCGGGAGAGACUGGAUAACCUGUCCGAGAGUAUAGCGCCACUAGGACUCAGCCGAAAAAUAACUAAAAAAAACUCCGAAAAUUACUUUGAGGCAAGCGAGUACGUGGACCUUCGCCAGGGUUGGAGCAGUCGGUUUUGACCUUUAGGAGAGAGCCAAUUCUGGAGAACAGUCUAACUUCUUUGAUUGAACACUCACAUAAUGCAUUGGAACAUGAUAGGAGAUUAAGGUUUAAUAAUAAAAUGAAGGCCACAAUUAAAACAGUCCCCUCCUUAGACAAGCAGUUCUUUUCUUGCUAACCAUAUUGAACAUACCUAAGUUCUUCCACUGGUUCUCAUGUCUUAACAUUUUGAUGAAGAUGUCUUUUGAAAAAUGUAUGGCAAGGAAUGAAAUUCUGUUUGUAAAUUAUGCUUUCAUCAAGGCAUGAAUUUUGACAUCACCCUCCCCUUCAAAAAAAAAAAAAGUUACAUCUGAUUUAUUUGCUGUCCUGCCAACUUUUAUCAUUUCAUGGCUUAUGGAGGUACUGAUGUUGUCAUUGUGAAAAAUGGAAGAAGAAUAUGUGGAACAGGAGGUUGUUUAGCGAGUGCACCUUUACAUCAAAACAAAAGCUACUUUGAAUUCAAAAUCCAAUCUACAGGAAUCUGGGGUAUUGGUGUUGCAACUCAGAAAGUUAACUUGAAUCAGAUUCCUCUUGGCCGAGAUGUGCACAGUCUUGUGAUGAGAAAUGAUGGAGCCCUGUACCACAACAACGAGGAGAAAAACAGACUGCCAGCAAAUAGCCUUCCACAGGAGGGAGAUGUGGUGGGUAUUACAUAUGACCAUGUAGAAUUAAAUGUGUAUUUGAAUGGAAAAAACAUGCAUUGUCCAGCAUCAGGUAUACGAGGUACAGUGUAUCCGGUUGUUUAUGUUGAUGACAGUGCAAUUUUGGAUUGCCAGUUCAGUGAAUUUUAUCAUACUCCUCCACCUGGUUUUGAAAAAAUAUUAUUUGAACAGCAGAUCUUCUGAAUGUAUUUUUUUUGAAACUUGUAUUUCUGCACUGUUAAAAGUGUUUACCAUUUAAUAAAGCUUUACCUGACCUAUCGAUGGAAAUAUAUUCUUAAAAAUAUGCUUGUUAAUGUUUAAGGAACCAAUGUAUUCAGUAUACUACCCAGAAGUGUGAUUUAAAAUACUGAUGUUUUGUGAUAUGAAAUCAGCAUUUUGGGCAGUUUAUUUAAGUCUUAUUUAAAUAAAUAUAACUAUAGGUUUGAUUAGCAGUAUUAAGUGGAAAUUUGUAUAAAGAUAUUUAAAAGAGUCUUUCUUAUAUAAAAAACUUGUUUUGAUAGAGAUGCAGAGUUGAAUGGGCUAUUCUGAAGUUUAGACCUCAUUAACUUUUAAUCUGCAAUCCAAAUAAUUUUGUGUCUCAGUGUCUUCUUAUAUAGUAUAACAAAGUGACAGAGUUAUAUUAUUGGAAACUUCUUUUUUGGUGACUAAUUUACUGUGAAUGUACCACUUAAAAUCUACAUGGCUUAUUUCAUUUAUAUGUCAUUGUUUUUGAUUUGCUUUAUCAAAGGAGAUACAUGUUCUAGAAAUUGUCAGACCAUUUUGUUGAAGACCAUCAUGCUGUAUUACUUCAAAACUUGAGUAAGUAAUGGUUGAUUAGUUAUGUAGCGUACACUGGCAGUUAAAAAGUAUAAUGUUUUAUAGUAAAUGUAAAUGAGAUUAUUCCUUUAAGAAUUUUUAUUUAAAUUUGUGUUUUUCUGUAAGGAAUAAUAAAUAAUAGUAAUUAAGGCAUAUUCAACACUAUAUUAAGCACAUGUUCUUUGUUUUGUUAAUUACAUAGUAAAUUCACUUUACCCUUAAUAUUUUAGAAGUUCAGAGAUAAUUGAAUCUUCUCCAUGACCUAGAGCCUUUGCCUAGUUUUCAGUAAGAGUCUCUGUCCUUUAGUUAACAACCUAUUAUCCUGAAAUAAUCACUGUACACAUUUUGGUAUGAUACUCCUUUUCAAAUUAGCAUACCAGUUUCACUUCUUUAACAACAAGAAGCAUUAUGUUACAUUUUUUUAAAAUAGGUGUUAGAAUUGAAGGUGAUCUGAAUUGUAGUUUUUCCACCUAAUCCCAUAUCUCCUAAGUCUCUCUGAACCCAUGUUAUUGCCCAUUUAAAAGAAAAGGGGAGGGCUUCCCUGGUGGUGCAAGGGGUUAAGAUGCAACCUAUGAGGCUGUCCGCAGGAGUUCGAUCCCUGGCCGGGGAGCUGCCUACAUGGUGCGGCAGACCUCUCCUGGCUCGCCUGCUGCUCCCCUCAGUGGUGUGUUUCAGUCAGUCUGUUCUGUUCCCUGGUCUGUCUCUGGUGAAUCCUCACACCAACCCCCCAUCUCUGGCCUGUACCCCAGUUCUUGUGUGCAUAAAUAAAUCUUUAAAAAAAAGAAAAGGGGAGAAUCAUACUUGCUUGCCAAGAUUCUAUAGCUAAACAAGGUAGUUAAUAUAUAAAACAACUUACUCUCACAAGCACUUAGUAAACAUAGAUUCCUUCUUGACUCUAAAACAGUGGUUUUCAUAGUGUGGUUCUCAGACUAGCAACCUCAGCAUCACCUGGGAACUUGUCAGAUAUGGACCUUCUCAGACUGGAUCCCCCACUCAGUGAAUGAAUCAGAAACUGCUGGGGACGUUGUCCAAAAAUCUAUCUGAACAAGCCCUUCAGGUGAUUUUGAUACACUCUAAAGUUUGAGAACCACAACUCAGGAGAGAAUUGUGAUUGUCUUCUAUAAAUUCUCUGAGGCUUUAAGACAGGCUAUUUUUGACCCAUAGUUAGGAAAAUCCUGCACAACUUGUUUUUUUGGUAGAUGAAACAUGAUGGUAUGCUUUGAAAACAAAUGAGUGAGUUUUUUUGCCUAACUUUAUGUCUACAAUUUUAAUUCAUAAGAACCUGCUUAAUUGAGGGUAACUCCCUUGUGGUGCAAGGAGUUAGGUCUUAGCACUAUUACGCUGUUGCCAGCCACUGCAGCACGAGUUCGAUCCCUGGCCAGGGGGCUAACCCACAUGGCGCAGUAGACCUCUUCUGUCUCACCCACUGCUCCCUUCAGCAGUGUAUUUUAGUAUAUCUGCCUGUUCUGCUCCCCACUUUGUCUCUGGUGAAUCCUCUCAUCCCCUGUAACCCACCCCCCGCCAACUCCGCACCUUUGGCCUACACCCUAGCUCUUGUAUGCAUAAUAUAAAUUUUUUUAAGAAUCUGCUUAAUUGGGAAGGUUGAAUUAGAAUGACUGUUAUUUACUAUCUUUAUAAUGUUAUCUACCUCUUAGUUUUUUUUUUAAGGCCAAUUUUUUUUUUUAAAUCAUCCUUUUCUCAUUCUUUUAUCUGUUCAUCCAGAAUAAGGACAUUACUAAUUGUCUUGUGUCCAUGGCAUUAGUUUGGUAAGAUCUAGUUGUGUUUUUAAUAUGUAGGUAUCUAAUUCCUUUUGGGAAAAUUACUUUGAACUGUUCUUCCCCAAACCUCAUAACCUUAGUCUAAUCUUAAGAAAAAAAUCAGACAAAUUACAGUAUUAUUCCUCUGAACUGUCAAGGUCAUCAAACAAGAAAGGUCAGUCUAAGGGGAUAUGACAAUUAAAUGUAAUGUGGAUCGUGAAUAGGAUCCUGGAAAAGAAAACAGACAUCAGGUAAAAACUAAGGAAAUAUGGAGAAACUAUAGACUUUAGUUAAUAGUAUCAAUAUUUAAUAACUGUAAUAAUUGUACCAUAUUAAUAUAAGAUGCUAAUACAGAAGAAACUGGGAGAUGGAUAUAUGGGAACUGUACUAUUGUCUCUUUCUGUAAAUAUAAACUGUUCUAAAAAAUUAAGUCUUAAUAAAAAUUACAUUGAACUGAAAGAAAUGUGAAAAUAAAGCCUUUAAUGAAGCCAGUAGACUAUUAGUCCAGUAUAUAUACAGUGUACACUCAUAGCUUAAUUUUU